UCUCUCUAUCCACUUUCGUACACAUAAACACAUUGCAAGUUAUAAGUUAAAAAUUUUUGCAGCAAUAAGUCAUAGUCUGUAUUGUUCAUUCUCUCGGUUUAGUAAUUUUCCUUUUUUAGUUUUUAUGAAGUGAGGUUCAAUUUAUCAUAAACGAAAACACACUCUGUUUCUCCAUGGAGCUUCUGUAAAUUACACCAAACAAGAUAUCCUAUUGUUAUGAAGAAGAAUGCAGUGGUAUGCCCGUCAGGUGGCCAAUAAUCCAUGCUCCAUUAUACUUUUAGUUUUAGCUGCUGCUCUCAGUUGUGCCAUUGUGUGCAUUAAGUUAAAUGACUUACCAGAUUUCAAGGAUCCUCUUGUGGGCUUUGAACCUCGUGGUACCGUCUUGUCUGAACGCUCGACCGCCUGGCACAACCUUUUAAAGAGCACUAGUUGGAAUGGUCCCCUCACCUUUUAUCCAGGUAGCAUUGUGACAGAUAUCACUAAUGACACUCUUGAGGUGACACAGCAUCACAAGGAAGAUAAGAGCAAUGACACGGAGAAAGGGGACGAGACAGUGGGACCCUGGCUGGAACUGGAGACAGAAGAGAGGAGUUAUGGGAGUCUCCAUGAUGAAGCAGAGGACGAUGAAGGGCGAAUAGUAUUUGAGAGACCCAUGCAGGGUCUCAGGCCUGAUAAAAUACUUAUAGUAGAAAGAAAGAAUUUCUUCUGCAAUAAUCCUAUUCGAGAAUAUGCUCACGUUGUCAUACAGUCCACAUCUGGUAGCAAUAUGUUUACAGUUAAAGGCCUCAAAGCAAUCUGUGACAUUGAUGAAAACAAACUUCGCAAGUCAGAAUUUUUCCCUGACCUUUGUGAACAAACCAACUGGGGAGCAUGCUGCAGAAGUUGGUCCAUUUCUAAUUAUGUGGCACUUUUACGAAACCUUUCUUCAUGUCAUGACAUCAAACAAGCUGAUGUUGAUGCAGUCACUCAACUUCUCGUAUCAUGUGCUCCAUAUUACCAUGGCAUGAAAUUAAGCCAUGAUUGCGCCAUGGAUCCUGCCUUGUGCCGUGGUGUACCACGACCUUGCAUUGAAUAUGAUGCGGUUUACAAUAUUCUGCAUUAUCUGACUGAUAUUCACUUCCUUGACCCCAAUUCACCUCUUGUUCCUAACCUGACAUACACAACUGUGUUUCUACCUACUGCUCAAAGCACUGCAGCCUUGGAAUACUACAAAGACUUGGACAGCAUGCAAUUGUACAAUGAGGAAGUUGAAAUCUCUGGAAUGGAGAUGGGCCUCAAAUACAAGUUGUUUGUGGAUUGCCUUCUGCAUGAUACAGUCUAUGUUGCUAUGGCUGGGGUGCUGAUUUUUUUGUUUCUGUGGAUGUAUUCAUCAUCUUUCUUUGUCACUUUCAUGACCAUCUGUGGAGUUGUCUUCUCUGUGGGGACAGCAUACUUCAUGUACACAGUCAUCUAUCAGAUUACAUUUUUCCCAUUCAUCAAUCUUCUCACUAUCGUGAUUAUCAUUGGUAUCGGUGCCGACGAUGCUUGCAUCUAUUGCAAAAUCUGGACCUGCGCUAAGGCAGAGAAGAACAAUGGCACCCUUAUCAAGUUGGUGCGCGACACCCUUCAUCACGCCUGCCUCUCGAUGUUCAUCACCAGUGUCACCACAGCUGUCGCCUUCUUCGGCAGCAUCAUCAGCAAUAUCACCGCAGUUCGAUGCUUCAGCAUAUUUGCUGGGACUGCUGUUCUUGCCAAUUUCAUCUUCACCGUUUCGUGGCUUCCGGCAUCGGUCAUAAUGGCCGAGAAAUGGUGCUCGUCCACUUGCCUCUGCAUUCCUCCUGUAGGACUGUACUUGCCCCAGCUGCGACAUUUCCAGUGGUGCUCAACCGUGUGCAAUGCCCUCUGGAAAUUGCAUUACAGCUUCACCGAGUACUCUCGAGUUUUCUUUGAGAAAAUCCUCCCCUGCAUCAUUGUGAGGUCCCGUUACUUCUGGUUGGUUUUUUUCACCGCCAUUGCGGCGGGUGGGGCUGUGGCCGUUUUCUAUUACCCCAAACUUCAGUUGCCCGAUUCUAAAGAAUUCCAGAUAUUCAACUCACAUCAUCCAUUUGAACGGUAUGAUCUGUACUUAAAGAAGCAAUUCUGGUUCGAGAAAGCCAAAGAGCAGGACCUGUAUCACAAAUUGCCGAUACGGAUCGUGUGGGGCGUGUUGCCCAAAGAUAAUGGCAAUUACCUAGAUCCUUAUGACAGGGGCCGUACUGAGUUCGACACUGACUUCAACAUUGCUCUUCCGGAAUCCCAAGAAUGGCUGUACAACUUUUGCAUUCAACUCCGAAACCAGAGUUUUUAUCAGCCUACUCACGGUCCGCUGAUGUUUAACUGCUUCAUCGAGACCUUUAAAGAGUGGAUGGAAAGACGAUGUGUUGAUGGAAUAUCCGAUAUGGAUCGGACGCCAUGCUGUGAGAGCUCCAAGUUCCCCUUUACCGAAAAGGUAUUCAACCACUGCAUCAAAGAAGCCGUUGCUAUUCUGCAUCGCACCCCAGGUUAUUUCGUGGUACCUUCAGCAGAAGGUGUGCGCUUUUCAAAAAUUACAGGGAAAGUUCAAGUAAUUGUCGUUCGAUAUGACAGCACUUACUCGUAUUCGAUGUCUUACGCGGAUAUGAACAAAUUCAAAACUUCUGUCGAUAGUUGGGUGUCAGGAAUGAUGUCUCAUGCUCCGAAAGGGUUAAAAAAUGGGUGGUUUAUUAGUGAUCUGGAAUUUUUCGAUCUGCAGGAUAGUCUGUCUAAAGGUUCUUUAGUGGCGAUUGGUGUUGCAAUCGCGGUGUCUUUUGGGGCUCUUCUCUUCACCACAUUGAACUUGCUGAUCAGCAUCUACGCUAUUUUAACCAUCUCUUGCAUCAUUGUCGUUACCGUUGGGUCUCUGGUCCUUCUAGGCUGGAAGCUCAACGUCUUAGAAAGCACCACGGUGUCUAUCGCCAUUGGUCUUGCUGUAGACUUGACCCUCCAUUAUGGUGUUGCUUAUAGACUCUCUGCUCAAGAAGAUAGGGAAUCAUCUGUCAUUUUUGCUCUCAGUCACGUUGGAAGUCCUGUGGCUAUGGCUGCCUUCACCACAUUCAUGGCUGGCGCUCUGAUCUUUCCAUCCAUCGUUCUAGCAUAUUUACAGAUUGGGACCUUCCUUGUCAUCUUGAUGUCCGUUAGUUGGUUGUACUCCACUUUUUUCUUCAUGUCUCUUCUCAGCUGGAUUGGCCCUGAGAACGGCCAACUGCAGCUGAAUUAUCCAUCCUUCGAUUGUUGUGAGACUCCCCCCGUUCCUGUUGAGAAGAACGCGUACGCAUUGUCGGAAUCAACGCUAUCAUCGAGUAGUGCGAGUUAUCCGAACCAGCUUCCCACCAGCGAAAGCCACGAGCUGGAGCCUUUAACUGCCUUGAAGGACUCGAGGCAUAUCGAGGUUCCAAAGUUCAAAAAGAAAUAUGGCCAUCGCUCCAUAAGACCACGCUCGGGUAGUCUUUCAUCUGCGACCACACCCAAACCAAGGGACUCAACAAUGAUUCCUUCUAAAAUUAGUAGAACUCCAAGAAAAAUCAGCCUUCCGACUGUGAAUGUGACUUUUCAUGGAGAGGAAUCAUUGGGAGCUACUAGUUCGUCCACCAUUGUGUGCGCAGAGGAGGACAAAGAACCCGUCAUCAAACCAUUGUCUAAGGAAGACAUUCCCGAUGCGUGGAUCAGAAAGGAGAUUACUGUAUGAGUUGAAGGGGAAAUAUCUUUAAGAUCAAAAUAUUUAUUUCUUUUUGUGCACAAAGUUUUUAAUUUUUUUUAUUAGACAUUUAGAAUGGUUUAAUUUUGGAGAAUAGUAUGGUAAAAUCUCACUGAAGCGACCACUCAUCCGUUUCGCCAAUAAAUAAUUGCUCAAACGAGUUAACAGUUCAAUUCGAAAUGGAUGAAUUUAUAACCCUACAUUCAAAUUCCAUUAUUUUAUUUCAUUGUUGAAACCUAAUUUUUCUAAUAUAUAAAGGAACUAAAUUUUUAUUUGUUUAAAAAAAAUCAUUAUUCCUAAUUAUUAUUUUUUGUGUUGAUUUUUUAAGGAAAUUACUAUUUGAAGAUGGUCGUACAGAGAUUUUUUACUAAAAUUUUUUAAUGUAGUCCUAUUUCUUUACUAAUGAACAAUUUUUCCUUUUAGUACUUAUUCUAAUACAGGUAUUUCUUCAUCUACAGAUUGUACAUCUGUUGUAGAUUCUACAUGAUUCUAAAUUAUAAUCAGUCAAAAGUCUUAAAUUUGAAACCAAGAAGGAAAAUCUAGAAAAUUUGUAUGUGGAUUCAAUCAAAUAAAAAUACCUUAAUUCAAUAUUUUUAAUUUUUUUAAAUAUGUUUUUAAUUUUGGGGGCUUUUUCCCAUAUAUAACAUUGUAUAUAUAAUUUGAUAUUUGCAAUUAUAUAACCAUAAAUGAAGGAAUACCUGUACUGUUUAGUUUUGCUGAAAAUUUGUGUUCAUUUUUAUGUAUUAAAAUAUAUAAAGCAGCCCUAGUGUUGCUUAUUAGCUUUUAUUUUCUCUUUUAUGUUGAAUAGCUCAGCAUAAUGAAAUGGUGUAUUAUUCUCAUCUUGUAUUAAUGUCAUGCCAUCUUCAUGUUUUAGCCAGAAUGUUUUUUCUGAUAUAUGUGUGUACAGAUUUUGUAUAUUUCUCAGGUUUCAGGAGAAGGAAUUUUUCUGAAACUUAGUGCUAAAUUGUGAUAUUUAAUAGUUCAGAAGUAUAAAUUUUGUCUUUGAAGAAUUUAAAUGAUUAUUUUUAAAUAUUUCUAUAUUGAUUUUUGUAUAUGAAAUCGAUGCCUAUAGGUUAUUUGUAUUUAUGUAGGUAUCUGUGUGCGCCAGCAGAAUCAAGAUUGUUCUACUUUUUUAAUUAGUUCAUCCAUUAUUUAAAAUUACGCCAGUGCCAAUGAGAGUUCUAACCAACAAUUAUUAUAGAACGUGGUUGAUUCGAACUUUUUAAUUCUGAUUCAUUGAUAAUUCGAAUUGUUCUCUGAUCCAUCGAAUUUCCUAGUAAUAUAAUAAUAAAAUAUCACUUUAAUUAACCAAAAUAAAUUCGAAUUUUUUAGUCAAAAAUAAAAUUAUAGCACACUGCUUUUAUUUCUGAAUUAUUUCCAUUAAUUAAAUAAGUUUUCACAUAUUCUCAGAUUUAGUGUACAAAUC